AAAUAAAACAGAAUAGAAGCUGCACGGUGAAGCGCUCCCUUAUGGAGACUAUGCCUAUGUGAUCUACUUCUGCAUAAGACACGCUCCAACCCGGGCUGCCUCCGGUGUAACUGGUUGGGUUAGCGAUAGUUGUUUAACCGGCUCACAGACGGUGAUAGUAACUUUUGUGUUAGUACUGACACUUCGACAAACUACUUCCAGCUGGCUGUUGGUGGGCACACAGUCACUGGGUCGAAAUCAGUCGACGGUCUUUAAAUGCUGGACACUCUCCACCUGUUAUUUGCUACGUUACGGGGCUACGUUAGCUGAAUUGAUUGCUAGCUCACCUUAGCAAUUUGUUAAAGUUUCUGUCCCUGCUGCGUAACAUAUCAAGGUUCUUGUCAUGCUGCAGUGAUGUACAAGGUAUUGAUUUUAAUACUAACCUUCUGGGGGGUGACAGUGAGCUGCAUUGGAACAUCGGCGGCACCAUCCCGCAAUAACGCUACGGAAAUGUGUUACUCUGCUCGAAUUAGGAGUACUGUACUCCAGGGUUUGCCCUUUGGUGGGGUGCCUACUGUCCUUGCCCUUGACUUUAUGUGCUUCUUGGGUCUGCUGUUUGUGUUCUCUAUCUUGAGAAAAGUGGCAUGGGACUAUGGGCGCCUCGCUCUAGUGACUGAUGCCGAAAGAAGAAAAAGGGAUACAUUUUACAGUCGUCUGGAAGAACAGGAAUUCAUGGUUUCUCCUUCUACAUCUGACAUGCAUGAACGCUAUGAGCGCCUCACAUCAGUCUCUAGCUCGGUGGAUUUUGAUCAUAGAGACACAGGGUUCUGCGACUGGUUAACUUCUAUAUUCCGGAUCAAGGAAGACGAGAUAAGGGAAAAGUGCGGUGACGAUGCAGUGCAUUACUUGUCCUUUCAGCGCCACAUCAUUGGCUUGUUAGUAGUGGUGGGCGUGCUCUCUGUUGGCAUCAUCUUGCCAGUGAACUUUUCUGGAAAUCUGCUAGAAAACAAUGCCUAUAGUUUUGGGCGAACCACUAUAGGAAAUCUCGGAGCAGAUAACGCACUACUGUGGCUGCACACCAUCUUUGCAUUUCUUUACUUGUUACUCACGGUGUACAGCAUGAGACGGCACACAUCCAAAAUGCAAUACAAGGAGGAUGACCUGGUUAAACGCACUUUAUUCAUAAAUGGGAUCUCCAAAUAUGCAGAAGAAAAGGAGAUAAACCAGCACUUUGAGAAGGCAUAUAAUUGUCGUGUACUGGAAACUCGUCUCUGUUACGAUGUAGCCAAUUUGAUGUAUUUUAGCACUGAAAGGAAAAAGGCAGAACGCAGUAAGAAAUUCUUUAUUGACCAGAAGACACAGGGGACAAUUACCAUGGUCAACCCAAAGCCCUGUGGACACCUGUGCUGUUGUAUUGUUAAAGGGUGUGAACAGGAAGAGGCAGUGAGCUUCUAUACCCAUUUGGAGGCAAGCUUAAAAGAACAAUGCAGGAAGGAGAGGGAGAAGAUCACCUCGAAACCUUUAGGAAUGGCUUUUGUCACCUUCGAGGAUGAAGGCACAGCUGCCAUAAUUUUAAAGGACUUCAAUGCCUGCAAGUGUCAUGGCUGUCAGUGCCGUCGUGAGCCCAGAAGCUCUAUAUUCAGCGGCAAACUGCAUACACAAAAAUGGACCAUCGCCUAUGCCCCUGAUCCACAAAAUGUUUACUGGGAUCAUCUGUCACUGGGAGGAUUGAAGUGGUGGCUCCGCUGCUUGUUAAUCAACAGUAUCCUCUUCAUCCUCCUCUUCUUUCUCACCACUCCUGCCAUUAUCAUCUCCACCAUGGACAAGUUCAAUGUUACCAAACCAGUGGAGUACUUAAAUAAUCCAAUCAUCACCCAGUUCUUCCCCACCCUCCUCCUGUGGUCUUUCUCUGCCUUACUUCCUACUGUCGUCUACUACUCUGCCUUCUUCGAAAGGCACUGGACCCGGUCAGGAGAAAACAGGACUACGAUGCAUAAAUGCUACACUUUCUUGAUCUUUAUGGUCCUGUUGUUGCCCUCUCUUGGACUCACCAGUUUGGAUGUUUUCUUCCGGUGGCUUUUUGACAAAAGUUUCUUGCAGGAAGCUAAAAUAAGAUUUGAGUGUGUUUUCCUUCCUGACAAUGGAGCCUUCUUUGUAAACUAUGUCAUAGCAUCUGCAUUCAUUGGUAAUGCCAUGGACUUGCUGAGGAUUCCUGGUUUACUGAUGUACAUGAUCCGCCUCUGUCUGGCUCGCUCUGCAGCUGACAGAAAGAAUGUCAAAAGGCACCAGGCUUAUGAGUUCCAGUUUGGGGCAGCUUAUGCCUGGAUGAUGUGUGUCUUCACUGUGGUCAUGACCUACAGCAUAACCUGCCCAAUCAUAGUCCCUUUCGGGCUGAUGUACAUGCUGUUAAAACACCUAGCAGACAGAUACAACAUGUAUUAUGCGUAUCUGCCAUCUAAAUUGGACAAGAAGAUCCAUUCUGGAGCUGUAAACCAAGUGGUGGCUGCUCCUAUCCUCUGCCUGUUUUGGCUUCUCUUCUUCUCCACUGUUCGCUCGGGGUUUUCAGCCGCAACAUCCAUGUUUACAUUUGUGGUUUUGAUCAUCACAAUCAUCAUUUGCCUCUGUCACGUCAUCUUUGGGUAUUUUAAAUAUUUCAGCGCUCACAACUACAAGAUUGAAACAGAGGCUGUGGACGGAUCGGAAAAUGGAGACGCAGCGUGUCCUUCUGCUGCCAACAAGGCAGCGCAAAUGUACAUUGCUGAGGUACUACAAGAGCCAAAUUCAGAUGAGACUGGUUCUGGCAGCGGUGAGGACGACGGCCAGGGGUCCUCACAAGACGAGGAAAUAAUCAGUGUUGACAAUGGCUUAAAUGAAGCCUUUCAGUCUGGUGAGGACAGCCUAAUUGAUAAUGAAGUGCGGCAAUGAUUGCACCUGGGAAUAGAAAGCCAAGUCACUUUAGGAGCGCACUGAAUGAGUGAAUUAAAUGAGGAACUGAACCAACAGUUCUCCGAAACAUCUCAUCCUCCUUGGGGGACCUUCCACUAACAUAAGCACCCUGCCCUGUCUACUAAGAAUUAAAUGGACUGUCGCACAAAGACUCUCACAUUUCCUUUACUGGGCCUCGCCAGGCCGCAUCCUAUGUGUACCUACUGGAGAAGGAAUCUACUCUGGCAUCGAAAGGGUAGCAACAUCUUCGUGCUCCUGACGCAAUUGAGGCGCACCCCAGUCGCUUUCUCUGGACCAAUGGAAAGAAGACAUUAAUGCAUAAGGAAAUCAUUGCCUUGUCUUGUAAGGGGAGUUACCUUGGUAUUGCACCCGAAUGACAGGACCAGUACGCUCCACUUUCACUAAGGUACUGCAGUAUGGCAUGCAGCUUCAAAGAGUGGAGAGAUUUUUCCCAUAAUUGCUAACUGCACUAGAUGUUUUCAGAAAAUAAGCAGAUUAGGAGAGAUGAGCGCAUGAGAUGAUGGGAGCAGCCUUUAUGCCAGAUAGUGCUAUCAGUCCAGAUGAGAUGGUCUCACAUGAUUCUUCCAGUUCCAUAGAAGCCUUGAAAAACUGGGGGGAAAAAUGCUACUUAACACUCCAGGAAGCUUUGACACUGUACAGCUAUUAAAAAAAAAUCUCUGGAUUUGUAAAAUAGCCUUUUUCGACAUGUAUUUAUUGGUAGGCAUGGAGUUUUUAAUGCUGUCAUGCUUUACACACCCUUUAAGCUGUGGAAGAAGAUAAUUCAUGUCUCGGCACACUACACUGAUAAUGAUCUUAGUUUCUGGGUCUGAACCUUUUGUUGGGACUGCAGUUGGAAUGCUGCUACUAAUGCUGCCUCCAAAUAAAAAGGGGGGAAACCUUUGCACGGUUGCUGCAGAAGGACCAGAGCUGAGAGCCUGUGGAAGUUCUAGCUAUGAGGAAGGAGAGAAAGGCCUUUUUGGUUCCCCCUUCCCCAGGUCACUUUUAGAUGACGCUGCCUGUGCUUCUGUACGCGUUGUUCUCAUUUCCUUUUUGUUUACGUUUUCAUGUAAGUUGCUUGAAAUUAAGAUUUAGUUCAAGCGGUCCUGUCAGGCCCUCUUUAAUGUCAAUGUUUAUGUAGACACUUUAUCAUACCGAUAGCUUAUUUUAAGUUUCUGUAGUCAAUGAGGAGAGAUUAGGGGUGUAGACUGUUCUUUUUUUUUUUUUUCUUCUUCUUCUUUUUUUCUUCGAUAACACUAAAUAAUGGGCAAGAUUUAACUAUAACAGUUACAGAUUUUUUUUUUAGUGUCGUACUUGUCUGUAAUAGGAAAGAGGGGAUGUGAAGGAAUCGAGUUUGACCCAGAAGUGUCUGUGAGCAUAUAGACAUGCUCUAAAAGACCACAUUUGAUCAAGAAAUGCAGCAACUCUAAUCAGAAUACUUUAACAACAUUGCAACACUACGAGCUACCCUAUGAAAUAUUUAUGAUAAAAGGCAAAGCACAACUGCUGUCUGUUGACUUAAUGAUAUGUGAUCAUAUUAAAACAUGUUUUGUACCAACUUUUGGAACCAUAGACAAAAUAAAUGUGCACUAACUGAUCUUCCACUUGUAUGACUGAUGGAGAAGGGCACACCUUGGUGUAUUUGUACCACGUAUAGGUUCAUCAUCAUGGUACUAACAAGACAAUUGUAU